AUGAGAAAAAGAAGAAGUUUAGUAGCGCGAUUCGAUAUUUGGACAAGUGGUGAUUUGGAAAUCGACAAACUUAUUAGGUAUACACAGGUAAACUCGACCUAUCACGACUUUUGGGAGUGGAUCGAUUGGGACGAUAUAGAUCUUGUAGAAUACCAUGGUAGAGGGUUUUUUGGUGAAAUUUAUUCUGCGUUGUGGAUAUCAGGUCCUCUUACAAUGUGGGACCGGGAAUUAGAGUGUUAUAAUAGAAAUGGCCCAAUCAAAGUUGCCCUCAAAAGAAUUGAAAAUUCGAAAAAUCUCAGUCAAGAGUUUAUAAACAAAUUGUAUGAAUUUUAUCGAUGUAUAAAAAAUAAUUCUAUAGUCGAUUUUUUCGGUAUAACUCGUGACAAUACAUCUAAUUAUUGUUUGGUAUUAAAAUAUUAUGAAGAUGAAAAUAUCUAUAAAUUUCUUGACGAAUCAAAAGGAUUGCUGUGUUGGCGUGACAUUGUUGAAAUUUUGUGGCUAAUUGCUAGUGGAUUGAAAUGCAUACAUCGAGAGAAAUUGUGUCAUGGAAAUCUUCAUUGUGGAAAUAUAUUGAUUGAUAAUAGAGAUGAUCUUCUGGACGUAAGAAUCACGGAUGUUGAUAUCUGUGACAAUCCAAAUCCCAGUGAAACUAGUCGUCAAUUUGAUGAUGCUGAGGAUAAAAAAUUCAUGGAACUCGAAACAAAUGAUUUUUCCCAACCAACUAUUCACCCCCAAGCGAUUUAUUCUAGCAGGCCAUUGGAUUUCCCUGGAAUUCGUUCUACAUGA